AUGUAAUAGCUGCUCAUUCUUACAUUCUUAUUCUGUAAAUAGACCUGCUUAAGUAGCUUUAUCUAUAGGAUUAGCCUAAGCCGAAAUCCAUAUAAGGGAUUUAAUAAUUAUUAUGAAUAUACUAUAAAUUAAUUCGAGAAUAACCGAAAUAAAAUACUUUAGGCAUUUGAAACUAUGAAAAAUUAUGAAGUGACUAUGUUUGCUCCAGAAGGUGGUUAUUUUAUUAUUGGAACUAUGGAAAAAUUUGUGCCUAAAAUUCCUAAAAAAUAUUUCUACAAUAAAGAUGUGGAAAACGGUGAAAAACCUAUAGGAAAAAAAUUCGAAGAAAUUGAAAAUCCAGAUGUCAGUCCUAAUGUGGCUUUCAGAUGUAGCAUUUAAGAUUUAAAGGGAAAAUUCUUCUUUAGAAUAGCUCUUUGUAGAUAGGAAAAAACUUUCGAUAAAGCAUUCUAACUCAUGUAAAAAUGA